AUGGAAAGUAACGCAGUUUCACCUUCUAUUUUGAAAGAAAUUCUUGAAUCGGAAGAGUUCAAAGCACUUCUAAAGUCUGUCGUGGACUCUGCAUUGCUCAAUGUUCAUGAAAGGCUAGAUAAUGUUGAGUCCAGAUUGAAAAAGUUGGAAAAUCAACAAAAAAAUGAAGAAGAGAGUGAAUGUAAGCAAGAAAAAGAAAUUCUUCCAAAAACUCCGAGAAUGCAAUUGGAAAUCAGUCUUGCAAUGAAACUGCUCCCAAAUCAAAAAACGUUUGAAGCAUUUGUUCUCUCGCCUCUCUCUAUCAUUCUAGGAAUCCAUCCAUUUUUUCAAAACGCGAAUCUGGAAACUCGUUUGAGAAUAGCUGAAUCUUUUUUGCUGGAAGGAGCUACAGAUGAAGAAAUGAAUGAAUAUUUUAUCGAUCUUUUGAGUGUUAUUAAAGCGACUAGACUUCGUUACAACAUGUAUUCCCAUGGACGUCAUUUUUGUGAACCAAAUCCAAAUGUCUAUUGGAGAUUCGGAUUACAUGGAUUAGACGAGAAAGUAGUCAACGAUUUUUUAUCAACAAAACUGAAAUUCAUCGAGUUUGAACCUGAAGAUAAGAUUGUCAAUUCCAUUACCUAUAGUCAAUUAUUUGAUGAAAUAUUUCACACAUUUUCCCAGUCGAAACGAGAUUUUUAUAGCACAAAAGACUCUCCCCAAAUGAGAGGUUUUAUACAAUUUACUGAUGCUCAGCAUAAUUUCUCCGAGAACGAUACAUUUCAAAUGGUAGAAAUCAAGAUGAGGGUACACGUUUCAUUGCACAUUUUCUUACCCAAAACUCGAUUUGGACUGGAACAUGCUCUGAACAAUCUUGGAGAUGGAGAGCAGCUUUAUCAUUAA